GGGACCUGAGUGGCAUCUGACCCUUGAAGGCAGCUAACUUGUAGUCUCACCGGAGUUCUCUUGCUGACAGACGGUUCGAGGGAUUUGUUGGCCACGUGUGCACAUUCUGAGAACAAGCUAUUGAAUUUGACUGUCAAUAAUGGGAAGAACCUACAUUGUAGAAGAGACUGUUGGCCAGUAUCUUUCAAACAUCAAUCUCGAGGGAAAAUCUUUUGUCUCUGGUCUUUUGAUAGGACAGUGUUCUUCACAAAAGGAUUAUGUGAUUCUUGCCACUAGAACACCACCCAAAGAGGAACAAAAUGAGAACCUCAAACCUCCCAAAGCUAAGUUGGAUACUUUGGAUGAAGAAUGGGCCACAGAACAUGCCAGCCAGGUGUCCAGAAUGCUCCCUGGAGGACUUGUGGUUCUUGGAAUAUUUAUUAUUACAACUUUAGAACUAGCAGAUGAUUUUCAAAAUGCCCUGCGCAGACUAAUAUUUUCUGUGGAAAAAUCUAUGAAUAGAAAAAGACUAUGGAGUGUCUCAGAGGAAGAGGUCUCAGAACGAGUGAUACUUCACAUUUGUUCUUCUACAAAAAAAUUAUCUUGUCGAACUUAUGAUGUUCGUGAUCCAAAGAGUUCUUCAAGACCUGCAGAUUGGAAGUAUCAAAACAGAGUGUCUACCUCAUGGCUGUCUCUAGAGUGUACCAUUCACGUUAAUAUUCACAUCCCACUAUCGGCUACUUCUGUCAGUUAUACUCUGGAAAAAAAUACAAAGAGUGGACUUACACGCUGGGCCAAGCAAAUAGACAAUGGUGUUUAUUUGAUUAACGGACAGGUUAAAGGUGAAGAUUGUGACCUAUUAGAAGGACAGAAAAAAUCUAGAGGAAAUACUCAAGCAACUGCUCAUUCUUUUGAUGUCCGAGUGCUAACACAGUUGCUCCUGAAUUCAGACCACAGAUCCACAGCCACAGUCCAAAUCUGCAGUGGUUCUGUAAACCUGCGGGGUGAUGUGAAAUGCAGAGCUUAUAUCCACAGCAACAGACCCAAGGUUAAAGAUGCUGUGCAGGCAGUGAAGAGAGAUAUUUUGAACACAGUUGCUGAUCGCUGUGAAAUACUAUUUGAGGACCUGCUUUUGAAUGAAAUUCCAGAAAAAAAAAAUUAUGAACUUCCUCAGCGAGUUUUUGUUCCCCUUCCUGGAUCUGCUGUAAUGUUAUGUGAUUAUAAAUUUGGUGAUGAGUCAGCUGAAGAAAUCAGAGACCAUUUUUCAGAGAUGUUAGAUCGUGAGAUUCAAAUAGAGGACUUGGAAAUUGCAGAAGAAGUAAACACAGCUUGUAUGACUUCCUCUCUGAAGAGCGAAGUGUCACUGACCGACACAGGGGACGAACAACCAGAGCAGCCGAAUAAAACUACACUCGGAAUGAAGAUCCAGCAAAACAUAGGUGCGAUUGCUGCACUCACACUUGCGGUCCUUGCGGCGGGCAUCUCCUUUCACUACUUCAGUGAUUAGGGUGAGGCCCAAAAGCUUCCUGAUCACCCAGAAACCAUUGCUCAACAGCCAUGAAAAGUAAAGAUGGAAAUGGCCCACCUGCAUUUAAGCUAGCAACGAGCUCUGCUACGCUAAUGUCUAUUAGAUGUUUCUGACUUCCAUGACAUCACCAGCUGCCUGGUUUAGCCCUGCUUUUAUUAUCUGGCCCAGAUUUCCAAAAGUAAACGAUGCAUCUAAAUGGAGUUGCAUGUAACAAAUCACUGUUACAUAUUUUCAGAAGAGUCAAAAUGCGAGCUAUUUUAGAGUUUAGUCCUAUUGAACGGCCUCACACAUUGAUCAAAAUCUCGAACCUUUGAGCAGUCAGUGGAAACCAUAGUUGAUAGGAUAAACAGCUAAGUUUAUCCUAGAGGACUUUUCUAAUCUGCACCCAGUUGCAGUCUUUUGUAGACAUUGUUCAAGUUGGAGGCCGUGAAUACUAUUUUAACUUACAAAUGGACUGUGGUUUCCUGGGUGUAGUAUGCUAUUUGCCUCAAACCAAAAACAAAGAAAAAUGUAAAUCGGAGAUGCUCUUCUAGGUAGGGCAGUUAAUGUUCAGUAGCGCUCACCUUGUAGCCUUGUGUAGCUCCUGGCAGAAACAAACUAUAGACUCACUCUUAACUUAGGCCCAAGACUCCCAUAGACUGUGAUCAAACAGUAUUUUUUCAUGAUUGUAAGUCAUGAGGUACAAGAUUCACUGAGACAGUAGAAGAAAUAAACUAUAGGAAAAAAUACACAUUGAAGCCAGUUCUUUCCAAGUUCACAACAGCAAUGUAGGGAAUAAAGGACAGAGCCAUCGAUGUGGAAAGAGCCAGGUCGUGCUCCUUAGAAUGUGGAGUGCAUUCUUUAAAGGAGGAGGGCAAACUGUAGGCUGGUUAAUGGCAGCUGAAGAGAUCAGUGAAGUGAGAGGGCAGAGCAGCAGGAGGGAUGUGCGAAGGGAGGGUGACAGGGUCCUGGAGAACCAGGAGGGGAGAGUGGAAGAGAGGCAGCACUUGAGAUGACAGGGUUCUCCACACAACGUUAGCAAAACAUUUAUAAAUUCAAGAAACACAUUAUAGCUUAAACGCAUUUAAAACAAUAAAAUCCAUGAUUUGAUCCAAGUAGUGAACCACAGGAUACAAAACAAGGUUUUAAAAAAGCCAAAGGCAUGUACAGUUCCUCAGCUAAGGCAAGUCAGUCACAUACAGAACAGACCUGCAGUAGCAACUGUGUACCCAAGACACCGGAAAACUGCCUUCAGAAUUGUGAGUGGAAUUGUAAAAGUUGGUGCAAAGCAAAACUCAGAAACAACAGACCUUCAUUAAAGAAACUGAAAAAGGAUGGUUAAUGAGGAAAAUUACUCCAAAAGCAAGAUCGGAAAUGAAGUAUUAAUGAACAAAGUGAUUAAUAUUGUAAAUUUAAUGUUGUUUGUAUAAAGUAAUCACAAUGAAGUGUUUACAGAAAUUGUGAACAGAUGUAAAACUGAAUAAAUAUUGUUAUGCAACA